UCGUGAAUCGAGGUCUCCCUUUCUUAACGAACAAACCCUAGCACUUCUUCCCUCCAUUAUUUACUUGUUUGUAUCCCGGUCAAUCCUCUUUCCUUCUUCCCGUGGUGGCCUCUCGUACAGAGAGGGUUAUUUUAGCAAAGCAAUGGGGACAGAAGAGGGUAAGCUUUUCAUUGGAGGAAUAGCGUGGGACACUGCAGAGGAAAAUCUGAGAGAUUACUUCGGCCAGUAUGGAGACGUCUCCGAGGCUGUUAUAAUGCGGGACAAAAUCACCGGAAGGCCGCGCGGUUUUGGUUUCCUAGUGUUCUCAGACCCUUCCAUCCUGGACCGUGUGCUCCAGGACAGUCACACAAUUGAUGGCCGCACCGUUGAGGUAAAAAGGGCAUUGUCAAGAGAAGAACAACAGAACUCCGUUAGAUCAGGGAACCUUAAUUGUGACAGAGGUGCUGUAGGUGAAGGAGAUUUUAAGACCAAAAAGAUAUUUGUUGGAGGGUUGCCAUCCACAAUAACG